AUGGGGUUCAAACAUUUCAAUUUCUUUGCACUGCUCGCGGGUUUGAGUCUUCUACUUGUGGUUCAUGCCCAGGAUCAAUCAGGCUUCAUAAGCGUAGCUUGUGGGUUACCAGCGAAUUCUAGCUUUACGGAGAAGAGAACAGGCAUUAAUUACAUUUCAGACGCCACCUUCAUAGACUCAGGUAUAGAUAAUAGCAUAUCACCUGAUAUUAGACGUUACUAUCAACAACAGGUAUGGAAUCUCAGAAGCUUUCCUCAAGGAAACCGUAACUGUUACACCAUAAACGUCAGAAGAGGCACUAAAUAUUUGAUCCGAGCAAACUUCUUGCAUGGGAAUUAUGAUGGAAAAGGUAAUCUACCGCAAUUCGAUCUGUAUGUCGGACCAAAUAAGUGGGACACGAUCGAAGUGGUGAAUUCAUCGGAUAGUGUCGUCAAGGAGCUCAUACAUGUCCCAUCUCUAAAUUAUAUACAUGUCUGUCUAGUAAACACGGGCCUCGGGACACCAUUUUUAUCAGCAAUAGAGUUUAGGCCAUUGGAAAAUGCCACCUAUGUGACACAAUCUGGAUCAUUGGCACUCUUUUCUCGCUUGGAUACUGGAUCAAAAAGCAAUCAAGGAUACAGGUAUGGAAACGAUGUUUAUGAUCGCUAUUGGCAGCCCUAUAUCCAAUUUGACUGGACAGAUUUAAACACCUCGCUUACCAUUGAUGACUCUAGAAAUGUUUACCAACCACCAUCGGUUGUCAUGAGUACUGCCGCCACACCGGGAAAUGAUAGCGCUCCCUUAGAGAUUUCAUGGGAGUCAGAUUCUGCGACCACAGAAUAUUAUGUCUACAUGCACUUUGCUGAAGUUGUAGAGCUCAACGCCAACCAGUCCAGAUCAUUCAACUGUACCCUGAACGGGAACCACUGGUUUGGACCCAUUGCUCCUAAUUACAACAAAACAAUCACUAUGUUUAGCCCAUCGGCCCUAAAAGUAGAAGCAAAAUAUGAUUUUUCAAUCUUCAAAACUGAAAAGUCAACACUUCCACCCAUCAUCAACGCGAUUGAGAUAUACACAGUGAAAUAUCUCUUGCAAUCAGACACAUACCAAGGAGAUGUUGAUGCCAUUGCAAAAAUCAAGUCAACAUAUGGAAUAAAGAGAAUUUGGCAAGGAGACCCAUGUGCCCCUAAAGGAUAUGCGUGGGAAGGUCUAAAUUGUAGCUAUGAUGGUGAUACUCCUCCUAGAAUCACAUCCUUGAACUUGUCCUCAAGUGGAUUGGUUGGAGGGAUAUCUGCCGACAUAUCAAGUCUCGUAAUGUUACAAUAUUUGGAUUUAUCUAACAACAACUUAAUUGGACCGGUGCCUAAUUUCUUGUCUCAAUUGAUACACUUGAGCGAUUUAAACUUAGAACGAAACCAAUUGUCUGGUUCAAUUCCAGCUGAACUAAUUGCGAGAUCAGAUAAUGGUUUAUUAUCAUUAAGUGUGGGUGACAAUCCAAAUCUAUGUGGAUCUGGUUCGUGUAAAAAGAAAGAGAACAAUAUUGUUGUUCCAAUAGUAGCAUCACUUGGUGGAUUGUUGAUCCUCUCAUUGAUUGUUGCUGCCAUCUUCUUGGGACUUAGAAGGAGAAAACAACAAGAUAAGACUAAAGGUAUAGAAUCCAACAUUCAAAAUGUAUCAUUGGAGUCAACACAACGACAAUUUACAUAUUCUGAGCUCUUAAAAAUUACAAAUAACUUUGAAAUGAUACUUGGUAAGGGUGGAUUUGGAAUAGUUUACCAUGGCAAAAUAGAUGACACUCAAGUAGCAGUGAAGAUGCUCUCUCCAUCAUCUGUUCAAGGCUUUCAACAAUUUCAAUCAGAGGUUAAACUUCUUAUGAUGGUUCAUCAUAGAAACUUAACUACUCUUGUUGGGUAUUGCUAUGAAGGAACUAACAUGGGGCUCAUUUAUGAGUACAUGGCCAACGGAGACUUAGAAGCACAUCUUUCAGGUGAGAAAACAAAUAUUUUAAAUUGGGAAGAAAGAAUCCAAAUAGCGACGGAUGCAGCACAAGGAUUGGAGUAUCUGCACCAUGGUUGCAGACCACCUAUAUGUCAUAGAGAUGUGAAGCCUACAAACAUCUUGUUAAAUGAAAAAUUUCAUGCCAAACUAGCUGAUUUUGGACUAUCCAAAAUUUUUCCCACCGAUGGUGGCACUCAUGUGUCAACUGUUGUUGCUGGCACCCCUGGGUAUUUGGACCCCGAGUACUACAUAUCAAACUGGCUAACUGAGAAAAGUGAUGUUUAUAGUUUUGGAGUCGUUCUUUUAGAGAUAAUCACAAGUCGGCCUGCAAUAGAAAAAUCUAAUGAAAGGACUCACAUAAGUCAAUGGGUGAGCUUAAUGCUAGCUAAAGGGGAUAUAAAAAGUAUUGUUGAUGCUAGGUUGCGAGGAAAUUUCAACAUCAACUCUGCAUGGAAAGCUGUCGAAAUAGCUAUGACCUGUGUAUCUACAACUUCUGCUAAAAGGCCAACCAUGAGUCAGGUAGUGGUCGAACUAAAGGAGUCUUUGACAAUUGAAUUGGCUUACAUGAAGGAGGGCCAUGAGCACGAAACAACAGAUUCAAUUGAAAUGAUCGACAUGAAUCUGACUACUGAUCUCACUCCUUUAGCACGAUAA